AUGGGACAUUGGUUGGUUUGGUGUCUGUGCCUUUGGGCCGCUCGGCCCUUCCUGGUCUCUGCUGUGUGUCCUCCGGAGCCGGGCUGGAGGCUGCCGUGUGGCCUGGCCACUAUCAACAGCACUGAGUGCAUCAAGCAGGGCUGCUGCUUUCAGUCCCCGAGUCUCAGUGGGCAAUCCUGUUUCUACAACCUGAGAGACAGCCCAGUGUGCACAGCAGAUGACCAGUUCAUUGUAGCAAUCACCAGGAACCUGACCCGUCCUGCCCUCAACCUGUCAUCUCUGUACGUGAAAGAUGGACAUGAAGCUGAGUGCAGGCCUAAGCUCAUCACAGCAGAACUUGUAGCCUUCCGUUUCCCAAUUGCCUCUUGUGGCUCGACCCAGCGGGAGGAGAAUGGGAGCUUUGUGUAUGAAAUGGAUGUCCUGGGGAAGAGGAUGAUUCAGAGGGGGCCACUGGGCUCAAUAACCCGGGACAGCACCUUCAGCCUGCACGUCCAGUGCAAGUACAAGGGGGAGCAUGAGGCAGGCUUACAAAUCAAUGUCUCAGUUUACACCCUCCCUCCACCACUAGCUGCUUCUGAAGAUGGGAUCCUGAGGCUGGAGCUGAGAAUAGCAACAGAUGGCAGCUACAGCUGGUGGUACAAGGACAGUGACUACCCCAUUCAGAGAAUCCUUCAGGAGUCAGUGUUUGUUGAGGUUCGUGUGAAGGAUCGCACUGACCCAAUGAUAGUCCUGAGAUUGCGUGACUGCUGGGCAACUCCUGUGCCAGCCCCUGACCAUGAGGUGCAGUGGAGUCUCCUGGUGGAUGGGUGUCCCUAUGAAGGUGAUGACUAUCUGACCCUCCUACACCCAGUAGGUGUCUCUUCUGGCCUGCAGUUCCCAACUCAUCACAAGCGGUUUGAAGUGAAGACGUUUGUUUUCUUGGAUGGAGUGUCUGAGCAGCCCCUCUCUGGACAGGUUUACCUGCACUGCAGUGCUGAGGUUUGCUCUCCCUCUGCUCAGGAUGACUGUACAACCAGAUGUGGUCCAAGGACACGUAGGAGUGCUCUCCUCCAUGAGGGGACCUUGGUAAGUGCUCCUGGUCCAGUUGUUCUCCUGGAAGUUGAGAACAGCCAGUCUAAGCAGCUGCUUAAUGAGAAUGGAUCAGUGACAGUUAAAGCCUCUUCAACACGAGAAACCCGUGGCCAGGAGCUAAUUAGCGGCUAUAAAGCGGGUUGGUGCUCAGGGGCGGGCACAGAUUCAGGCAGCGCGAUGGGACAUUGGUUGGUUUGGUGUCUGUGCCUUUGGGCCGCUCGGCCCUUCCUGGUCUCUGCUGUGUGUCCUCCGGAGCCGGGCUGGAGGCUGCCGUGUGGCCUGGCCACUAUCAACAGCACUGAGUGCAUCAAGCAGGGCUGCUGCUUUCAGUCCCCGAGUCUCAGUGGGCAAUCCUGUUUCUACAACCUGAGAGACAGCCCAGGUAAGCAGCCCAGCCUCCCCCCGGAGCGGAGCCCACCCCGAAUGGGGGAGAAGGAAGCAUGA